AUGUCCAGCUCCGAGGCGCACCAGAACCAAGCUCCGGGAGAGCAGUAUUUCCCGCCUCCCCCUCCUGGGCCUCCGCCAACUCAGCAACAACAGCAACAAGAUCACCAGUCGCAUCCUCCCCAGACGGAACAGCAUUUCCCGCCUCCUCCUCCCGGACCUCCUCCGCCUCAGCAGCAGCAGCAGCAGCAGUCAUAUCCUCAGUUUGCGCCGCCUCCUCAGCAGCCCGAGUCGCAGUCCUACCAGCCUCACGAUGCUCACCAGCAGGAUCAACACCAGCAACACCAGCAACAGGAUCACCAGCCAACUGAACAGCAGCAUUUCCCGCCGCCUCCCCCUGGACCUCCACCAUCCCAGAGCUAUCCACCUCAACAGCAGCAGCAGUAUCAGCAACAGCAACAGUAUCAGCCGCCUCAAGACUUCUCACAACAACACGGCCAACAACAGCAACCAUACAAUCCUCAAGCUCAGGUGCCACAACAGCAGACCUCCAGCUACUCCAUCCCUGCGUACAAUCCUGCGAACCCCGUCUUUGCGCCGGCGCCAUCGAACAAUUUCAACGAACCUCCGAGUCCUGCGGGAUAUCAGCCUCAAGCAGACGGCCAGCAGCAGUACCAGCAACACCAGCAGCAACAUGCGCCCCCAUCUCCACAGCACGGAUCUGGCGAUGAACAACAGGGACAUCACAAGUCUGGUUGGAGUGAACGCCUCUCUGCUUUUGGCAUGAAGGCCGCAGCGCCCAUCAACAGCAUUGCGCAUAAGCUCGGCAGCCAGAGCUUCCUUCCUGAGACGCUGGACAAGGAGUGUGAAAAGGCUGCGACAAUACUCAAGGCGUUCUGCAAAAAGGGAGUCUAUGCCGAUCCUGCUGCCACUUCGGUGCCCACCUCGACCGAUCCCAACGCGAGAGAGUCGACCGACAGAGUCAUCGACCCUACAAAGGAGAAGCCCAAGAACCGCGUCAUUGUCACGAUCCCUCCCAAGAUCAUCUCCAAGGCCGUUGGGCUUGCCAUCUUCACCACCCUCCGCGCCGGCUUCCAGAUAUCUGGUGCAACAGGAUCGGGAAUACUCAUUGCGCGACUACCUGAUGGCAGCUGGAGUCCUCCUUCGGGCAUCCAGCUGCACUCUGUCGGCGGAGGGUUCCAGAUCGGCCUCGAUAUCUACGACUGUGUCUGUGUAAUCAACAACAGAGAGGCCCUUGCCGCCUUCACCAACACUCGCGUUAGCCUGGGCAGCGAUUUAGCCGUAGUGGCUGGCCCUUACGGUGCUGGUGCGGCGGUUGAGUUUGGCACAUCCCUGGAUGCAAAGACGGCCAGAGACGACGGACGGCCUCCAUCGUCACAAGGACAAGGACAAGGGCAGGACCAACAGUCGCAGCAGCAGCAGAGCUUGCAGCCACCCGAAGCGGCAGACAAGAAGAGCCACCGGCGGAGCCUCAGCGCCAGCGCAACCAAGCCCGUCUUUUCAUAUGUCAAGUCGCGGGGCUUCUAUGCCGGGAUCCGAGUUGACGGCACUGUCGUAGCCGAACGCAAGGAUGCCAAUGCUGCGUUCUACGGACAAACCGUUUCCGUGGACCAAAUCCUAAAGGGCCAAGUCCCAUCCCAAGGCCCCCCAGGAAUGUGGCCUGCUGGAGCCCAAACGCUAUUCAGCGUCCUAAGGGGGGCCGAGGCUGGUGUCUUGCAGGCAUCAUCCCACGAGCAGCAGCUGCCGCCUCCGAGUCCAGGGCACCACCAACAACCAGCUCCUCAAGGCAGCUAUCCUCAACAAGGACAAGCACAAGGACAUUCAGCCGAGCAACAGAGCUACCCAUAUGUUCCUCCCCCUCCCUCGUAUGCAGACAGUGGACCCCGUCCCAUCGAUGGCGACAUCAAGUACGCUUGA